AUGGCUGGCACAAGGAACUACGAUUUUCUGAUCAAACUCCUCUUGAUCGGUGAUUCCGGUGUGGGCAAAUCUUGCUGUCUUUUGCGAUUCAGCGAGGACUCAUUCACCCCCUCCUUUAUCACCACCAUCGGUAUUGACUUCAAAAUCCGCACAAUCGAGUUGGACGGCAAGCGGGUCAAAUUACAAAUUUGGGAUACAGCAGGCCAGGAACGCUUCCGUACCAUCACAACUGCAUACUACCGUGGUGCCAUGGGCAUCCUUCUUGUCUACGACGUAACCGAUGAGCGCUCUUUCCAGAACAUUCGAACCUGGUUUUCCAACGUCGAGCAACACGCCAGUGAGGGAGUACACAAGAUCCUUAUCGGAAACAAGUGUGACUGGGAAGAGAAGCGAGCUGUGUCGAAGGAACAAGGCCAACAGCUUGCUGAUGAACUUGGCAUUCCCUUCUUGGAGGUUUCUGCCAAGAACAACAUCAACAUUGAGAAGGCAUUCUACGACCUUGCAACAGAUAUCAAGAAGGGCAUGGACACCUCAAAGACUGAACAAAGUGGUGGUCAUGGAGUCAGCAUAGAUCAGCAGGGCUCGGGGAGUGGUGGGGCUGGAGGAAAGUGCUGUUGA